UUUAAAGGUCGUACAGGAAGUGUGUCGCUUUUUUGUAUCCGACUUGACGCUGUUGGGAAAAAUCACCCGUGGCCAAAAAACUUUGGGAAAAAUGGGAAAAGCAACAGGCAUGAAGUCUUUAUCCGUGGAUGCUCUGGCGAGAUAAGGAACAAAACAGCGAUGGAUCUGCAUGUUUUCUCCCUGAGGCGGAUUUCCAACUGACAAUGGUGUCGAGGGAGGAAAAAACGCAGAUUUUCUCGCAAUUCCAUUGAAAGUAAAUGGAGAAAGGAGCAAGUCGGGAGUCAUGAGCACAGGUGUGAAGAAGCCUCCAUUAGCUCCCAAACCUAAACUCCCUGGUACCACCAAACCCUCUCCCCCGCCCAUCGCCCCCAAACCGGGUCUGCUCUCCCAGACCUCCGUCAUCUCCCAACCUUCUCCUGCUACCCUCAAGAGGGCAAAACCGGCUGUUGCCCCUAAACCAUGCAUCCCCAAAUCUUCAGCCUCUUCUCCCCCUGUCUCACCCCCGCCACCCAAACCCAGCGGAGCCUUCAUCCUCUCCCAGGACCAGGAGGAGGCUUUAGAUGAUAGCCUCUCCCUUCUCAAUUCCAAAAAUGGGAUUUUAUCAGAGACUAACAAACGUGAAUCAGUCUACAUCAUUCCCACCUGCUCAUGUGGGCUUCAGGAAUGUUCCCAGUGCCAGCGUCUGGAAAACGGAAAUGUAACAGAGAUUGGGAGCGAUUUGUACAAAGACCUGUUGCAGAAUGGGAUUUCUACGGAAGAAUUUGCAGAGAAAUCGGAAAACCGGGAGAAGGGAGUGUCUGUAGAGAGGAGCGAAGGCGGAGGGAUAAGUAAAAAACCCAGGGAUAAACCCCAAAGACAGAGACACUUGGACAGGAGAUCGGUGAGCAAAGACGCGCAGAGGACUGAGGAGCAGAAGGGGAAAGUGUCGGAGACUGUCAAACAUCAGGAAAGACGUUCUGUUGCUGAGCCUGAUGAUGCAAAAGCUGAUCAGACUGAGGCCCCAAACACAGAUUUACAAGACUCUACGUGGGCCUGUGAUGUUGCAGGCAGCAUCAUUGUCUCCCCAAGUGUCCCUCUUCAUGAGUUUGCAGCUCCUUCCGCAGAAAAUCUUCAGGUUGAAAGCGUCGAGGCGUCUCCUACCAGUUUACACCCAGAUCUGCAGGUCCCUGCUCCCCCCAGUAAGCCUCUCCCGGUCCCUCACCCGCGUAAACUUAAGAAGCCAGCCCUGGUGAGGCAGGAUGGUGUGGAGGGCGGCGCCCAGGAUCAGUUGGCGGAGGAACAAAAACGGGGGCUUGAGGGGAGUCUUGCUGGUCUGUCUCUCUGUUCAGAGGGCGAGGAGCUCCAACAGGACACCCCUUCACCCCGAAAAGACUCAUGUCGGGGAGACGAUGAGCCCAGCGCCCCCGUCCCCCCUCCUCGACAGACCUCCCUCUCGCCUCGCCUCCACAGAUCAUUCCACAUGUUCCCUCCACUAAACAAAAACACCUCCCACUCCUUAGACCUGCUUUCACAACCCGAGUCGAUGUGCUGCAGCAAAGAGGGUGAGGAGCAUCGGGCGGAGGAGGACGAAGAGGACGGGUACGGCGACUUUGAGCGGUACCCGAUCACUCACAGCCUCCCCAAGCAGAUCAAACUCGGCUGCCACCCGCCUCUGGUCAACGCGAGGAAGGCCCUUUCUGCCGAGGACCAGCAGUCGCUGAGGGCGCCGCCCAGAAAACCUCAGAGACACAGCCUGCCGGCGCCUCCUCCACCCUCCAUUUGCCCACCUGCCCCUCCACAUGCUAACACCCCCAUGAGAGAGCUGCCCGCGCCUCCUCAGGAGAAAACAGCAUGGCGUUUUACCCGACCCUGCGUGACCUUCUUCAGCCGGCAGAUGCCCACCAGGAGCAGCGUGCCUCCGAAGAGCCGAGCCCCGACGCUGGGGGGCAAGCAGAGGGCGCAGUCUUUCUCUGCAGCUGACCUGGCAACCCGGGCCGACUCUCAAAAGAGGAGCCUUUCUUUCCGGAAGCUGCUGGAGCUCCGGCUGUCUGUCAAGAUGCUGCCAAAGCUGCUGGCCAAGGGAGGGCAGUCCCUGGACUGCACCAGCGUGGACUCUAACCGAGGGGAGAAAAGCCUGGAGCGGCCCAAUAGCUGCAUAGGGGAGGCUGACUUUAGCGGAGGAGGUGGACGGGAAUCAGUGGAGUAUGAGAAUGUUCCUCUAUAUGAGGAGAUUCCCGAGUAUAUGAACCUGCCUUUUCACAGCGCGAGGCUGGGCUGGCAGUCUGAUCCCGAUGGAGACGAUUCAGACAUCUAUGAAGUGCAGGAUCCCUAUCAAAGAUGCCAGGACGACGAGUACGAGAGCGGCUGGCUCAGGCAGCACGUCCACUCUGAGGAGGAGGAGAUACACAGCUCGGAUGAAGAGGACAACAGCUCCACUUCCAGCAAGGAGAACCUGGACGUGGUAGACAGACAGCAAGAGGAUGAGAUGAAGAGGAAGAAGGUGGUGCACAUCGCCCAGGAGAUCAUGAGCUCUGAGAAAGUGUUUGUGGAUGUCCUGAAGCUUCUUCACAUAGACUUCAGGGAUGCUGUUGCCAAGGCGACCCGCCAGAACGGGAAACCGGUGGUGGACGAGAGGAUCCUCAGCCAGAUCCUGUAUUACCUGCCGCAACUCUACCAGCUCAACAGAGACCUGCUGAGGGAGCUGGAGGAGCGGGUGGCACACUGGAGCGAUCACCAGAGACUGUCGGACAUCUUUGUCCAGAAGGGUCCUUACCUGAAGAUGUACUCCACCUACAUCCGCCAGUUUGACAACAACGUGGCGCUGUUAGACGAACAGUGCAGGAAAAACCCCGCCUUCGCCGCCGUCGUCCGAGAGUUUGAGAUGAGUCCGAGAUGUGCCAGUCUGGCUCUGAAACACUACCUGCUGAAACCAGUGCAGAGAAUCCCCCAGUACCAGCUGCUGCUCACAGAUUAUCUGAAGAAUCUUCCCGAGGACUCUGAGGAUUAUAAAGACACACAAGCUGCCCUCUGCAUAGUGAAGGAAGUGGCCAACCAUGCCAAUGACAUCAUGAAACAAGGGGAUAACUUUCAGAAACUGAUGCAGAUUCAGUACAGCCUCAAUGGUCACCAUGAGAUUGUUCAGCCAGGCAGAGUGUUUCUGAAGGAGGGAACUCUAAUGAAGCUGUCCAGGAAAGUCAUGCAGCCGCGGAUGUUCUUCCUGUUUAACGACGCUCUCAUGUACACCACUCCUGUCCAGUCUGGCCAGUAUAAACUCAACAGUGUCCUCUCUCUGGCUGGGAUGAAGGUGAGUAAACCCAGUCAGGAGGCCUAUCAGAACGAGCUGAACAUCGAAAGUGUGGAACGUUCUUUCAUCUUGUCUGCCAGCUCGGCCACAGAGAGAGACGAGUGGCUGGAGGCCAUCGCCAAGGCCAUAGACGACUACACGAAGAAGAAAAUUACCUUCAUAUCAAGCCGUAGUCAGGAGGAGGCUGAGGGUGUUGUCGACAGCGGCGCCCCGUUGGGUUCGAAGGCUCCGAUCUGGAUACCAGACCUGAGGGCCACCAUGUGCAUGAUCUGCACCUGCGAGUUCACCCUCACCUGGAGGAGGCAUCACUGUCGCGCCUGCGGAAAGGUGGUGUGUCAGGCAUGCUCCGCUAAUAAGUACUAUCUGGAGUACUUGAAGAACCAGCCGGCACGCGUGUGUGACCACUGCUUCGCCAAGUUACAGGAGAACAGUGAUCGUUGUGCCUCAACAUCAGUUUCUCCCAUCAAAUCUGGAGCUUUCUCCUUCACUAGAAAACAGAAGAAGAUUCCUGCUGCACUAAAAGAGGUGUCCGCCAACACAGAGAACUCCUCCAUGAGCGGCUACUUAAACAGGUCAAAAGGCAACAAGAAGCAGUGGAAGAGGCUUUGGUUUGUCAUUAAGAACAAAGUGCUGUACACCUACGCUGCCAGCGAGGAUGUUGCUGCGUUGGAGAGUCAACCGUUGCUUGGGUUUUUCCUGAGAGAGGAGAAGAACGGGCCGGCUCAGAAGCUGCAGUUCAAGCUGUACCAUAAAAACACGCUGUUUUACAUCUUUAAAGCUGACGACAUCCCCACAGCACAGAGAUGGAUCGAGGCCUUCCAAGAGGCCAUGAUUCUUGAACAGUAAUCACCUUUUUAUAGCAGUGAAGUCGUAUCACAGCCCCGGAGCCAGUUGAUAAGACAACUUACGACCCCUGACCUCAGGUCAAGGGUCACCAGCUCAGGAAGGACUCCGGGAUAGACUGUUAACUUUAACAUUACUGUCUGUGGAAACCAGACUGCUUUCCCCUCAAAGAACUGGAUUCUUUUUUUUUUUCUGCUCUCUUAACAUAUUUCUAUCUACCAACAGCGACUGAUGCUCAGCAGUGCUGGUUGAGGUCAAGAGCUAAUAGUGUGUCACAGCUGUGGGUCAAAGGUCAAGUCCAGAAGCAUGUGUGUGGAAGUGAGACAGAACAGUUGUCAGGACCAUUUAAAUCCUAGUUAAUACUAAAACGUCUGAAGUCUGGGAGUGAUUUUUUUUUUUUUUUUUUUUUUUAAAUUAAAGCGAAUGAAGGAAUCACAUUUUGUGAAUCAAAAAAAAAAAAUGCAAAAUUUCCCACCUUCAUUCAAACAUGUUGAUGUCGGCUUCUUUACUCGUAGUGUUAAAAACUACAGUGUCUAUUUGUUCAAACAAAAUCUAAAAAGAAAAAAACCACACACACACAUUAUAAAAUAUCCAAAAUGGUUAAAAUGUUUCAACUAAAUCAUGGAUGCAAAAGUAUUGCUGAUGUUUGUUCAUGGAUUGAAUGAUGUAACAAGGUGAAAUUUAACUGUGAAAACAAGGCUUCUACUAAGAAACAGAGGUUGGAUGUUCUUCUCUUUUACGGUUGAUCUCUCUGGUUUAGAGAUUUUAUUCUUAUAUUUUUUAGAUUUAAAACACCAAAACAUGUAAGUCGUGGGUUAAAACAACGUCCUGGAGAAAACUGGAAAUGUCACGAAUAAUGUAGAUAUAUUUUUCAUACAAUUUAUAAUAUUAUCUUUGCCUGUUUAGGUAAUAGGUGAUAUUGUGUAUAUGAAUAGGAAAGAGGAACAUUGACCUUUUUUUAUAUCAAAGCCAAGAGCUAAUAUUUAUAAAGUAGGAAGAGGCUGAUUUAUUGUUUGAAAAGCACAGGCUGCCACUUUUUUGUCUUCUUUUUAUUUUUGGGAGUCAGGGUUUGUUAGGAAACAUGUUUCCAUCAAAACCGUUAUUUUUUAAAAAUUGUUUUAGACCAUUUUAACAAAAACAGAAACAAAAACAGUUUUUUUUUAUGAGCAAAUACUGUGGAAAGUUUGCAUGAACUAUAUUUCUGAGGAAAUGCUUAAAAGCGAGAAGACAUUUUGAAUUAUGGUUGUUUUUGCAGGCUUUUUGCCUUAUUUUUUGAGAUAAAAUUGCAAUAAUAUACAUUAGUUGGUGCUCUGUUUGAAGUUAUUUACAUCGAUCAAAUUUAGAUCCAGAUUUCAUGACUACUCACUUUCUUAGCCAGGGUACUUUGGGGAUUUUUAGAUUUAAAAACAGUAAUUUUUCAGGUCUGUUCCUUCUCGGUUGGAUUGCCGUUUGUUGCACUACUCCCAUCACGGCAAAUUAGUCGAUUCCCACAGUUGUAGAAUCCUAAAUCUUACUAUUUUAGGGAAAGAAUUAAAGAGUUGGCUUUGGCUCAUUUAUCUGAUUUAGGCUCGAGAGGAUAAAUCUGCCGCAGCCUGGUCUGAAAACACUAGCCGAGCAUGCGUUUUCUUUCACGAUUUGUACAUUAACAGUGACCAUUUUGUAAACAUACGCUCUACUCAGAGUUAGAGUCUCCUAUAAACAAUGAUUCUAAACUGUCAGGCAACAGUUUUUAAUAAAAUAUAUAUAAAUAUAAA